GCCCCUCUGCUGGCUCCAGUUCUACAAGGUUCAGCCGGAGACCCACCUGUCCUGAUGCAUCUGUUGCUGGCAGCCUCCCCACACCUCCAGUCCCCAGACACAGGAAAAGCCACAGCCUGGGCAACAAUAUGAUGUGUCAGUUGAGUGUAGUUGAGAGUAAGAGUGCAACAUUCCCAUCGGAGAAAGCGAGGCAUCUCCUGGACGACAGUGUCCUAGAGUCCCGCAGUCCCCGCAGGGGUCUCACCCUCACCUCCUCCUGUGCUGUCACCAACGGACUCUCCCUAGGCAGUAGUGAGAGCUCAGAGUUUAGUGAAGAGAUGUCUUCAGGGCUGGAAAGCAGGGGGCGUCUCUAUGCCACGCUGGGGCCCAACUGGCGGGUUCCAAUUCGGAAUUCUCCCAGAACCCGGAGCUGUGUCUACAGCCCCACUGGCCCAUGCAUCUGUACUCUGGGGAGCUCAGCAGCAGUGCCCACCAUGGAGGGGCCUCUGAGAAGGAAAACCCUGCUUAAGGAAGGCCGAAAGCCCGCGCUGUCCUCAUGGACCAGGUAUUGGGUCAUACUCUCAGGAUCCACUCUCCUGUACUAUGGAGCCAAGUCCUUGCGGGGCACAGACAGAAAACACUAUAAAUCCACACCUGGCAAAAAGGUCUCCAUCGUGGGCUGGAUGGUGCAGCUGCCUGACGACCCCGAGCACCCGGAUAUCUUCCAGCUGAAUAACCCUGACAAAGGCAAUGUUUACAAGUUUCAGACUGGUUCCCGAUUUCAUGCAAUACUGUGGCACAAGCAUUUGGAUGAUGCAUGUAAAAGCAACAGGCCUCAGGUACCUGCAAACCUUAUGUCAUUUGAGUAAGUGUCUGCAGGAUGUGGCAUGACUUCAGAGGCUUCUGGGAGCCUGGACUGGACCUGAUGGAAAAGAGCAGUCCUGGGCACAGGCUGUGGGCCAGGGUGCUGGGAGACUCACAGCCUCACCGGGGACACAGCCUGUGGCCUCACAGUCCCAGAGGGCUCCACUGGUGCGGGAUCCACCUGUCCAUCCCCAGCGACUCUCAUGACACUCAUUCCACAGCACCACCUCAUGGGGUGGUGGUUGGACCCCAACUAUACACCCCGCUUUCCGUCUCUGGGCCCUUGUCCAUCCACCAGCUGCUUCUGCAACCAGAGAGCAUUCAGCCCACGUUGGGUUCUCAGUGCUUUCUACUGCACAAAGAGUGGACAGCGUUCACCUGUGAGAGGGGCCUGAGAGAAGGAACAGGCUUUUUACACCCCAAGUGUAUGGGGUUGCUCGCCCACAGGGCUGCCUCAGAUUUUGUACAACCUCCGAAGCAUCUUCUGCAUAUGUGUGCCAUACAUAUGUGUGUGUGAGCAAGUGUGAACUCUUUGAGAAACAUGCAUUUUGGCACAAGGCUUGUGACAUCACACACUUCAUUUGCUUUGAGGCCCUGCUUUAACUUUAAGUUAUAGUCUUGUCCACCGAGGAAGGUCAGAGUGAGAGCCCAGAUUCCUCCUGUGUUAAGGGUCCCUUGCAUUCUUUUACUGUAAACAAACAAUGCCUUAAAUUGUGUCCUGUUUUCUGUUCCUAUGGGUGCUAUUCAUCUGGAAGGCCUGCUUCCUGGGUCCCCGGGUCCCUUCCAAGCCUUGUUGCUGUCAGCCCUUCUGAGAUAGGACCCGGCUUCACAACGUGGACUGGGCCGCUGGCCAGCUUGCUUCCUCCUGUCCCUCUCCUGCAGGGCCUGAGGCCCUUCUUCUCACCCCAUCCCACCACAUUGGAAGUUGUGACAUUUUCUCCUGGCUUCCUCAGAAGUAGCUCAGGCGCCACUGUGCUCACAGUGAUCAGCUGCACAGAAGCCACUUGGCACCGACCUCUCCCCGCAGGGCAAGGCUUUGCUCACGUCAUCUCUCACCCCUUUGCCUCCACUGCCAGGGCGGGGCCCAUCGGGAUUCCUGAUCAUGCCUGGGAGCUGAGUGACACUGAGGCCUUAAGCUCCCCCAGUAUUGCCACCAAAUGUAGUCACCAGCAAGUUCUCCAGCAUCCAAGUCCAAGGGCACAGUUGUUGAUGAUCAUGUGACAAGAGAGCAAAGCCCUGGAGAGUGAAUGGUCCAACCUCUGCAUUCAGUUAAGAGCUCUUCACAUGAACGACGUCCUUUAUCUGUAACCUUUUGCCAUAUUUGAAAGUAACUUGUUUUGUAGAAAUACGUUUCUAUUGAAAAUAAUGAAUUGCUCUUUAUCACCAUA